CGCAGAUCUCCCGCCAUGGACGCCCCGCCCGCCUCCACCUCCGCCUCCGCCGCGGGAUCGGCGUCCGCGUCGGCGUCGCAGGACGCCGCCGCCGAGGCCACGCCGCGCCGCCCGGCGGGCCACCGCCGCGCGCAGUCGGAGAUCCUCCUCGGGGCCACCGCCCUCCCGGACGACCUCACCUUCGACGCCGACCUCGGCGUCGUCGGCGAGGGCAGCGGCGGCGGCGGCGACGAGGACGACGACGACGAGUACGAGGAGGACGAGCAAGGCGGCGGCGGCGGCAGCGGGGGCAGCCGGAUGUUCGAGAUGUUCCUCCAGGCGGGCGGCAGGCUGUCCGAGCCGCUGGAGCCGUCGCCGUACCCGCAGCCGACGCCGCAGCCCGCGCGGCCGCGGCACCAGCACAGCAUGUCGAUGGACGGCUCCACGUCGUUCGGGUCCGCCUCCUCCGGGGUGUCGGGGAGGCACGGCGCGGACGCCAAGAAGGCCAUCUCCGACGCCAAGCUCGCCGAGCUCGCUCUCGUUGACCCCAAGCGUGCCAAGAGGAUCAUGGCAAACCGCCAGUCAGCUGCUAGGUCAAAAGAAAGAAAGAUGCGCUACAUUGCGGAGCUUGAGAGGAAAGUACAGUGUCUUCAAACAGAAGCAACUACACUAUCAGCUCAGUUGUCCCUGUUACAGAGAGAUACCAGUGGUUUAACAAAUGAAAAUGGUGAUUUGAAGCUGCAAGUGCAAACAAUGGAGCAGCAGGUCAGGCUGCAAGAUGCACUGAACGACAGACUGAGGGAUGAGGUUCAGCAGCUGAAGAUUGCAACAGGACAGCUUAACGCCAACAAUGGAAACCUGGGGAAUUUCGGCGGUCUGUCCUCGUACGGAGUCAAUCCACAGAGCUACCAGCGAAGCCAGAUGCAACAGCAAUCUCUUCUGGCUGCUCAGCAGCUUCAGCAGCUCCAAAUCCACUCCCAGCACCAGCAGCCACAAAUGCACAUGCAGCAGCAACGCCUUGCCAGUGUUCGGCAGCAGCAACAGCAGCAGCAGCAGCAGUCGCAGCUGCGUCCGGAAGCACUGCCAUUUCCGGGAGACCUCAAGAUGAAGGGAAUUGCCAUGACAGCCCAUGUGCAGAAUGCGGGCCCUUUCGAUGGCCGCGCAAGGAGCGAGCCGUGAGAACCGGCGCAGGUAGGGUACAUGUCAGUUGCCAGUAAUAAUAGACUUGCGUUGUACUCCUGCCUGAGUCGAGUCGAGUGGCUCAUGCAUAGGCUAGUGCAGUGUGUAGGUAGGUGCCUAGAUGUCUGCAGCAGUCCUCUAGAAUGUCGGCCCCAUUCAGUCGCAAGUUUGUUGCAGAACUGAUGAACGCAGAGUGUGAGUACUUCUUACCAGCCGGAGUGUUCCAUCUGGAAUUAACCAUAAAAAGUUAAGUUGGUGCCCGAAACCUUUCUCGAAUAUGGUGCUAAUGCAGAGUGAGAGACUGAUAGAUGAAGCUGAACCAUGUCGGCUUGGCGUCUGUGCCAGCCAGAGCAAAUAAAAUGCUCGGUGGAAAGAAAAAAUUCUAUUCUGGGUGCA